AUGGUCAGAGCCCUAUCUCUAUCGAAGGGGUUAAGCGAAUUGGGAGAAACGGAAAUUGAAAACGAAAAUAUUGAUCAAGAGAACCCAUCUAUUCCGGCAAAAGUCUCUGCUAAGAGUAAGAAAGCGAAAUGGACCUGGUUCUAUAGUAAACACAAAAGUCAAAGCAAGGCUAAAUUACACCCCGAAGCUUCCGACAUCGCCUCCACAAGGUCCCGUCCAACACCUCUUCUCAAAUUUUCCAACCACCAGAACUGA